GCCUAUUAGGCUACAGAAUCCUAAGAAAUACAAUAAAGCUUUUCUUUUUUGAUGCAACAAAGCAGUUUAACGGGUGUAAAUGUUUCUGGAAGGCUUCAAUUGGGUUCUAUUUUAUAGAAUAUACAAAGUUGAUUCUGAUUUUUAAAUGUUUUUUUGGCCCAUUAGGGACGUAAUGCUCUCAUUUUAAUUGUUUUAUUUUAGGGAAAUGUCUGUUUCUGUCGGGUCUGACUGAGCAGCAGCUUAACUACAUGCACGACCAGAGCCUGCCUGAGAAAUACAGCAUCGGCUUCACUAACAUGGUGGAGAGGACCACACCGGGCAGCAAGGACCUCUCCAGUAAGGAAAUCCGAGAAGGAGGCCGACAGUUGCUUGAAAAGCUGCAGAAGUACAAACCGUUAAUUGCCGCUUUUAAUGGAAAAGGAAUUUACGAAAUAUUUAGCAAAGAAAUCUUCGGCGUAAAGGGCAAGAAUCUUGAGUUCGGCCUGCAGCCUCACAAAAUCCCAGAGACUGAAACGGUGUGCUUCUUAAUGCCGUCAUCGAGCCCACGAUGUGCCCAGUUUCCCCGUGCUCAAGACAAGGUCCAUUUCUACAUAAAACUGAAGGAACUACGUGACCAUUUGAAAGGCCUGACACCCAACAAGGAGGUGAUGGAGACCCAGUACUCAUUUGAUCUGCAGCUUGCUAAAGGUAAUUAG